AUUGUUUCUGAGAACAAGGAGGAAGCAAGGCAUGCUGACAUUAUUGCAUUGAUUAAACCACAUUUGGGUGUGAUGGAGUCCUCAGCUUCUUGUUUACCUGGAUUCUUCAUGUCAUUCCUUCUCUUACAGAACACAGUACUCACUCAAGCUAUGAGAUCAGAUAUAAAGAUUAACAUUCAGGUUCCAGAUACAGAAGGACUACUGCUGGAGUGUACUUCAGGAAGUUUGAUCCCACCUGCUGAGAUGACAUGGAGAGACAGCAAUGGAAAUAUAAUUCCACAUUCAACUGCAUUUAACUCUCAGGAUAGAGACGGAUUAUUGUAUUUGAAGAGCAGCAUUCUUCUGAAGAACAGAGCAAAAGGUCCUAUUACUUGCUCCAUUUACAAUGUAACUACUAAUCAGGAGAAAAAGAGAAGUAUUGUCCUACCAGAUGCCCUGUUCAAAUCGGAGAAUAUGUCAUUGAUGUCAAACAAAUUUUCAUGUCCUUCAAUAUAUUUAAUCACUAUAAUUUUUCUUAAUUUUCUCAGAGGAAUACUUGUUUUUUGUUGUCUCAGAAGAAAACCUGUUUGUUUCAGAAAUCUAAUGAGUACAGUAAUGGAAGCUUUGUAUAGUAAAAUGGGAGUUUGCUGUUUGCUUAUCUGGGAGUGCCUACUGUUAGUUUUGUAUAUUGCCUUCCUUCCUAUCUACGUGAGUUUCAGAAGUAGAGCUUUUCUUUUGGACGAUACAUAUCCAUUGUAUACUAAUUGGCUGUGGAACAUAUGCAUAAUCUUGACUGUUAUAAUGGUACUUUUCCCUGGCCUCAUUUUGUGUCUACUUUGGACCCUGAACUGUUAUGGUCAGGUGUCUUCCUUACCUCCAACAAGUAUGGAACUUUCCACAAAGGACUCUGAGCAAAAUAGUUCUAAAUCUGAUGACUCCCAAGAAAAUUAUGACGUGAACUGCAAGAUCCUAGAAACUUGUGAAAGUAAAAUAUUUAGUCAGCACCAAGAAAGUUGUGAAGAUGAUACAGCUUCAACCCUCUUCAUCUCUUAAGACUGAAUUGCAGUCAACUGGUAAAAUAGAGGCAGUAAAGAAAGACAAAAAAGAAUAAUGAUUUAAACUAUAAAAUUUGUAUCUAUAAAAUAUACAAUCAACAGGGACUUCUGAUUAAAUUUUGUACUGUAUGAAAAGUAUAGAUUUUUAAAAACAUAUUUUAAUAAAAGACAAUUACAUUGCAUUCCUUCUCCUCUUUCCUCUCUCUAGGUCCUUCCAGGUACCCUCCCUCCAACCCUUUCCAUGUUCCCCUGCUCAAAUUGAUACUCUCUGUUUUAAUUAUUAUGAUUAAACUCACAUAUAUGUAUAUGUAUGCACAAAUAUAUAUAUAUACAACCUC